CCCCGCAGGGCAAACCUAUAAAGUCGCGGCGAAGAGGGUCCCUCCCGACGCUCUCGGUUCAGUCCGACUCCACGGUCGACAGGGCCCCGCGCCCCCUCUCAGGAGCAUCGCGUGCCAGGCAUGGCCCAGGAGCUGUACCACGAGGAGUUCGCCCGCGCGGGCAAGAAGGCGGGGCUGCAGGUUUGGAGGAUCGAGAAGCUGGAGCUGGUGCCGGUGCCCAAGAGCGCUCACGGCGACUUCUACGUCGGGGAUGCCUACCUUGUGCUGCACACGACCAGGGCGUGCCGGGGCUUCACCUACCGUCUGCACUUCUGGCUGGGAAGGGAGUGUACUCAGGAUGAAAGCACAGCAGCUGCCAUCUUUACUGUUCAGAUGGAUGACUAUUUGGGUGGUAUGCCAGUGCAGAAUAGAGAACUUCAAGGCUAUGAGUCUACUGAUUUUGUUGGCUAUUUCAAAAGAGGUCUGAAAUACAAGGCUGGAGGUGUGUCAUCGGGACUAAAUCAUGUUCUCACAAAUGACCUGACCGCCCAGAGGCUCCUGCAUGUGAAGGGUCGGAGAGUGGUCAGGGCCACGGAAGUUCCCCUGAGCUGGAACAGUUUCAACAAGGGUGACUGCUUCAUCAUUGACCUUGGCACUGAAAUUUACCAAUGGUGUGGUUCUUCAUGUAACAAAUAUGAGCGUCUGAAGGCAAGCCAGGUUGCCAUUGGUAUUCGGGACAAUGAAAGGAACGGAAGAUCUCAAUUAAUUGUGGUGGAAGAAGGAAGUGAACCAUUUGAGCUUAUACAGGUUUUAGGAAAAAAGCCAAAGCUUAGGGAAGGAGAUGAUUAUGACGACACCUUAGCAGACAUAUUUAACAGGAAGAUGGCUAAACUGUACAUGGUUUCAGAUGCCAGUGGAUACAUGAAAGUGACUGUGGUGGCAGAAGAAAAUCCUUUCUCCAUGGCAAUGCUGCUUUCUGAAGAAUGCUUUAUUUUGGACCAUGGUGCUGCAAAACAGAUUUUUGUAUGGAAAGGUAAAAAUGCUAAUCCCCAGGAGAGAAAGGCUGCAAUGAAGACAGCUGAACGUUUCCUACACCAAAUGAAUUACCCCAUUAAUACCCAAAUUCAGGUACUUCCAGAAGGAGGUGAAACACCAAUCUUCAAACAGUUCUUUAAGGACUGGAGAGAUAAAGAUCAGAGUAAUGGCUGCGGGAAAGUAUAUGUCACAGAGAAAGUGGCUCGAAUAAAACAAAUUCCCUUUGAUGCCUCUAAAUUACAUAGUUCUCCGCAAAUGGCAGCCCAGCACAAUAUGGUGGAUGAUGGGUCUGGCAAAGUGCAGAUUUGGCGUGUAGAAAACAAUGGUAGGAUUGAAAUUGACCAAAACUCAUAUGGUGAAUUCUACGGUGGUGACUGCUACAUUAUACUCUACACUUAUCCCAGAGGACAGAUUAUCUAUAUGUGGCAAGGAGCAAAUGCCACACGAGAUGAGCUGACGACGUCUGCAUUCCUGACUGUUCAGUUGGACAGGUCCCUUGGAGGACAGGCUGUGCAGAUUCGAGUCUCCCAGGGCAAAGAACCUGCACACCUGCUGAGUUUGUUCAAAGACAAACCACUCAUUAUUUACAAGAAUGGAACAUCAAAGAGAGGAGGUCAGGUACCUGCUCCCCCUAUACGCCUCUUUCAAGUCCGGAGAAACCUGGCAUCUAUCACCAGAACUGUGGAGGUAGACGCUGAUGCAAAUUCGUUGAAUUCUAAUGAUGUGUUUGUCUUGAAACUGCGACCAAACAGUGGCUACAUCUGGAUAGGAAAAGGUGCUAGCCGUGAGGAGGAGAAAGGAGCAGAGUACAUGGCAAGUGUGCUCAAAUGCAAAACCACAAGGAUUCGGGAAGGAGAGGAACCAGAGGAGUUUUGGAAUUCCCUUGGAGGGAAAAAAGACUACCAGACCUCGCCACUGCUGGAAACCCAGGCUGAGGACCACCCGCCUCGGCUGUACGCCUGCUCCAACAAGACUGGAAGAUUCGCCAUUGAAGAGGUUCCAGGAGAGUUCACCCAGGAUGAUUUAGCAGAAGAUGAUGUCAUGUUACUAGAUGCUUGGGAACAGAUUUUUAUUUGGAUUGGCAAAGAUGCCAACGAAGUGGAGAAGACAGAAUCUCUGAAGUCUGCCAAAAUGUACCUUGAGACAGAUCCUUCUGGAAGAGACAAGAGGACACCAAUUAUCAUCAUAAAACAGGGCUAUGAGCCACCCACAUUCACAGGCUGGUUCCUGGGCUGGGAUCCCAAUAGGUGGUAAACUGAUUUUUGUAGGAAAUCACAAGCCAACAAACAACGUUAUAGAGCAGCGUCCCACUGCUGUUUUGAGGGGAAGAAGAAGGGCUUUGUUUGACUUUAGAAAAUUAACCUCAGCCAUAUGGCUAUUACUCAAUGCUUAGUAUUGGUUUGAAAUUCUUUUUAAACUGGAAUUUUCUUAUGUUAAUAUUUUAAAAUACCCUAAACUUUUGUUAUGGAUCACUAUUAGCUCUGCUGAAAACAGAUUUACAUAUUUUUUGUAUGAUCUCUUAAAGGUGAAAAGCUACUCACAAGGCAGGGGAGACUGUCAGGAAAUUUUUAUAAUUCAGGAGCCAUUAGCCAAACUUGUUCUUUAAUGUGCCAGAGAAGAAAGCCGUAAUGCCUUUGAAGUUAUUCUCCUUUCUAUGUUGGGUUCAAAAGAGGAGUGUAUUUGCAGUAAGGUGUAUGUUAAGAUGACUUUAAAAGUUUAUUGUUUUCCUUCUUUAGCCAAUGUGAUUUUGAUAUCACUAACUCCAAAGUGUCACUUUCUAAGAAAAACUUCACCUGUCUUGCCUUUUUAAAAGCCUUUGAAAGCACAGCUCUUACAUGACAAAAUAAUUUGUAUUCA